GUGUGAGGAAUAUAUAACAAUAACUUGAGAGGGUCUAUAUACUUUCAGAUCUAGCUUCCACGGCACCUUCGGUUGGUCGAAAGCAAGGAAUCGUAAUGAUUUAGAGGUAACUUCAAGUAUUCUUUUCUUCUUCAAUCUAAAUUUUCCUCAUGUUUAGUAUUUCUGUUCAACUUAUAUCAAAACAAAAACAUUUAGGUACCGGAAAUCCAGAUUGUUGCUACUGUUAAAUUUUUCAUUGUAGUCCCAUUAUAAAACAGCAUGAGUGAGGGUGAAGAUAGGAUCACCAACUUACCUGACUCAAUUAUUCAUGAGAUAUUUUCUUUUCUUGAUAUCAAGUGGAUUAUUCGUACUAGUGCGUUAUCUAAGAGAUGGAAACGCAUUUCUGCGUCUAUUCCUUUCCUUGAACUUGGUCGUUUCUCUUUGCGAGGUAUGAGCCCCGAAAAGUUCAUGGAUACUGUGGAUAAAGUAUUGCAUUUUCAUGAUAUGUCAAACAUAAAGAUUUUAGAAAUUUACUGGUCGGGAAUUAACUGGCCGGAAGGAAAAGUCAAUGCAUCUCGGGUUAACUUAUGGCUCUCCACUGCAAUAAUGCGUAACAUUGAAGACCUAACUCUCAACAUAGAGCUAUCAGAACCUUUUCGCAUUCCCUUAUCUCUUGUAACUUGUGAAUCAUUGAUUAUUUUGGAGCUAAGUUUAUCCCAGAUUAUGUAUCUUCCUAGUUGCAUGUCUUUACCAAGACUCAAGGACCUUAAACUCUGUCAAGCCAAAUUUAGCGACGGGUACAACAAAGACAGCCUAUUCUCUGGUUGCCCUGUCCUUGAACACUUGAGAAUGGAUAGUUGUGAUUGGUCUGAUGUGAAGAGUUUCUGUAUUACAACUCCUGCGCUCAAACAAUUGGAGAUCAUUGGUAGUGAUGAUUACGAUAAUUGGGAUCUUAAAUCAAAUGGUUUACUAGAUUGUUCUCUCAGAAUUCAUGCUCCAAAUCUAGUGUCACUCACCUACUGGGAUGACCUUCCAAAGGAAUAUGACUUGUCUAGUUUCCCAGCACUAGUUGAUGCAGAUAUUUGUUUCGACCAAUUUGUUGGUGAUGCAACAACGGGGGAUAAGAUAGGUGUUGGUGCAGCUGCAAGCAAGUUUCUUCGAGCGCUUUCAUAUGCAAAGUGCCUAACGCUUUCUCAUCGAACCAUAAAGAGUCUCUCCUAUGCAGAAGAUCUCCAAAACAAUUUGCCUACAUUUCAUCACUUGAAAGAUUUGACGGUUGAACUUAAAGCAGACACUGAUGAAGUACUAGUUGUUUUGCUCCAAUCCGCACCUAACCUGGAGUCCCUUGUAUUUGACAGGCCGCCUCGAAGAGACGACGUUGUGGAGGGUGGCGACAACCAAAACAAUGAAGAUGACAGUUUGGAGCUUGACAUGAUGGGUAGUGGAUGCUCGUUUCUACGCCCCAAGCGGGUUUUCUUUAAGGUAUUUGUAGGCACUCCAAGCCAAAUGAGAUGGGCAAAACUGAUUGUGAAAGAGGAAAAUGCUUCACAAACAAUGACCGUUGGUUAUACUAAUUCUUAUGAUUGCAUAAUAUGGAAAAGCGAAAACCAAUGUCUGUUGGAGUUGCCAAUAGGUCUUUCUACAAGAUCAGCAAGUUUGUUUAAUAUCUCUUCAUCGGAUUGUCUUCACUAAAAUGUUAUUGGGAUUCCUUUUUUUUUUUUUUUUUUCUUCUGAUCAGAUUUCUGAUGCCUGUUGGAGCUAGAGACUUGUUUUUAUCGUUAUACUAGUGUCUUGCCCGUGCGUUGCACGGGACUAAGUUAAUUAAGUUAUUAUAUUGUACUGCUAA